AACUUAAAUUACAAAAAAAUAAAUUUCUACCUAAAGCUCAUAUCAUUAAAUACAGAAAUUUAUAAACAAAAUAUAUAUAUUUUGUGUAUGUUCUCAAAUUAUCCAUAUUUGAUGCUGACAUGGCAUCGACUGCAGACGAUGUCAUGGUUUUGUUUACAUACGAAGUUGAUCACAUGCAGCAUGAGUGCUGGGAAAAAAGGAAGAGAUAACAUAAACAUAUAAGAGAUAACAGCUAAGCCUGACUUUCCCAGGUGUUUCCAGGAGACAAGCCACACACAACACAUCUGGUGCGGCUAUCGGCUGCUCGGCAAAUACUACGUGCUUGUGUGCUGACCUGUGUUCCAGCUAUGGCAAUGUUUUGCAUUCUCAGAAACUCCUUGGGACAACUGGGAGAGUGUUGGACAGGUGUUAAAUGCUCGCAAGUGCCUUCAGUGUGUAGAUAUUUGAGCAGCCGAGGUCUAGCUCCCAGCACGAGAACAUACUGUUCUCGCGAGGACUCGCAAAAGCCACCCAAGUUGGAAGAGAGUCGAAAACAAACCUUUCGGAGGCAUGAAUUUGAGGAUCCCAUUAAAAGAACGUUUGGUAUACUGAGUGACGACAUAAAAAAUUAUUUCUCUGGAAUCCGUUCAAAAUUGCACCAUGCAGGAGAAAUGUUUAGCGGAGAAGCUGCUAAAGCGCCGUCAGGAGAAAACACUGUACAUCAGAAUGGCCCUGAACUUUUGUGGCCCUCCCAUUGUGACGUGCUGGUGGUGGGUGGUGGAGUCAUGGGGUCUUCUAUUGCGUAUCAUCUCAAAGAGCGGGCACUAGAGGGGUUAAAUGUAGUAGUUGUUGAGGAAGACUUUUCAUACAGAAAGGCAUCAACUGUCCUCUCGGUUGGCGGCAUUCGACAGCAGUUCAGUGUGCACGAGAACAUCCAGCUGUCUCAGUAUGGGGCAGAGUUUUUACGUCAAUCCCCGAAAUUACUAGCAGUAGAAGGGAUGGAUCCUCCUAACAUGCAGUUUAACCCUCAUGGUUAUCUGACACUAGCAUCGGAGGCAGGGAUGUCCCAGCUUGAAGAAAAUUAUAAAUUACAAAUAGAAAUGGGUGCCAAAGUGAAGUUUAUGGAUGCAAAGCAACUUAAGAAUAUGUUUCCAUGGCUUGAUACAACUGGCAUUGAUGCUGGAGUCUUGGGCCUGGAAAAUGAAGGGUGGUUUGACCCAUGGAGCCUUUUAAUCAGUCUUCGACGAAAGGCUGUUUCCCUUGGAGCUCAGUAUAUCGAAGGCAAAAUUACAGGGUUAGACUAUGUAGUUUAUGAUGAUGUGUAUCUGGAGACACACUAUCAAUCAAACAUUAAAAAUCUUCGGGUUGCUGAGGUUACCCUUCCAAAUGGGGAAAAGCGCAAAAUCUCGUAUGCAAUUUUAGUGGUUGCAGCGGGGGCUUGGUCAGGGGAAGUAGGACGUCUAGUUGGCAUUGGGAAAGGCAAUGGCAUUUUGUCUGUUCCAAUUCCUGUUGAGCCAAGAAAACGAUAUGUAUACUGUGUCCAUGCUCCAGAUGGUCCAGGGCUAAACAGUCCACUGGUGAUUGACCCUAAUGGCACCUACUUUAGACGUGAGGGCUUAGGUGGUCUCUUCCUCUGUGGGCAGUCACCAGGAGAUGAUAAUGAGCCUUCAAUAGACAAUCUUGAAGUUGAUGAGACAUUUUUCUAUGAUACAGUAUGGCCAAAUAUUGCCGCUCGUGUUCCUUCAUUCCAAAACCUAAAGCUGAGGAGUUCAUGGGCCGGUUAUUAUGACUACAAUACCUUUGACCAGAAUGGCAUCAUUGGACUUCAUCCACUUUUCUCCAACUUCUUCAUUGCCACAGGCUUCAGUGGUCAUGGUCUCCAGCAGGCUGCAGGUGUGGGCCGAGCCAUCAUGGAAUGCAUCAUUUACGGGGAGUACCGUUCUAUCAAUCUAGAACGCUUUGGCUUUGAGAGGCUUCUUGGGAAUGAACCUCUUCUGGAGAAGAAUUGUUAUUAAGAACACACUUAAUAGUUAAAGAGUUUAACAUAUUCAGGGCAUUUGUAAAAUAAAACAUGCUUUAAUUAUACUGUACAGUUGCUGUACUGAAUGAAGUUAGAUAUAUAGUGUAUAAAUAUAAAUAUAAUUAAUAUAAUUAAACAUUAUUUUAAGACAUUUGGCAGUCAGCUGUACCAAUUGUUUAAAGAACUACACAAUUGUAUAUUUUUUAGUCCAGUGGACUAAAAUAAAGCCUAAAAAUAAUUAAA